AUGUCUCACGAGGCGUCGCAAAUCCUCGGCGAUCCCGCCCCCGUUGGCAGUGCGUGUGUCCGUGGCACAGUCGGCGGCUUUCCCCCUGGCCUUGCGCGGCGUGGGCGUAAACGCUGUCAACCAUGGGACGACUCGGCGGCACCCCUGGGACUGGUCGUCGGGGGUUCCUCUGCGCCGAACAGUUGGAUGGAUUCUAACCGGGGGGAUUGGUGUGCGAUGGCCCACCGAACCGAUCAGGAGGUUCGCAGCGGUGGAGACGCGGAGAUGAUGAGAGCUGAUGAUACGUACAACGGAGUUGGAUGA